CGACCGAGUAGGUGAGGUCAAAAUGGCGUCAAAUUUAAGAUCCAUUCUUUGCCUUCUCCUUCUCUCUCUUCUAACCAUUGACACGGUCACCUCUGCUAAAUACAAACAAGACGAAAAGAUUGUCCUCUAUGUAAAUAAAGUCGGCCCCUAUUACAAUCCACAAGAAACAUAUCAUUAUUAUUCUCUUCCUGUUUGUGUACCUGAGAAGAUAGAGCAUCGUAGUUUGACGUUAGGGGAAGUCCUAGAUGGAGACAGGAUGGCAGUCUCUCUGUACGAUAUCCAGUUCAAUAAGUCAGUCCCUCACGCUGAACUCUGUACACUGGUACUUACUGCUAACGACAUUGCUAAACUACAAGAAGCAGUCGAGGAUCUUUAUUACUUUGAAUUUGUAUUUGAUGAUCUACUGAUGAGAGGGUUCGUGGGUCACUUGGAAGAGGGUGCGUUCCUACCGCACAACCAUCGUACCUACCUCUGGACCCACUUGCACUUCUCGUUUGGUUACAGUGGACAGGAGGUCGUUGAAGCUAAUGUUAGUACAAUAGGAGCAACGGCCUACAGUCUUGAUGAUACUGAACCACCGGUUAAAGUUACCUUUACUUAUAGUGUGUCAUGGAGCAAAUCAUUGAGGAGUUAUCAUGACCGUAAUAAAGAAUUAAAAGUAUUUUUUCCGAAAUCAAUGGAGAUUCACUGGCUUUCCGUUAUCAAUUCAGUUGUUCUGGUUUGUCUCCUCUUAGGAUUUGUGACAAUAAUUCUGAUGAGGGUCCUUCACAAUGAUUUUGCCAGAUACAAUGUUAGCGAUGAUGAUCCUGAUGACUUGAGAGAUCAAGAUAAUUACGGUUGGAAGAUUAUCAGUACUGACGUGUUUAGAUUCCCACAAAACAAAGGAUUGCUAAGCUCCAUAAUAGGUGUUGGCACUCAGUUUAUAACACUCUCUCUUGCUAUAAUUCUAAUGGCCCUGUUAGGAUUGUUUAACGUCCACAGGCAUCAUGCCAUGAAUUCAACUAGUAUAUUACUUUAUGCCCUCACGUCCUUCAUUGCUGGACUAGUCUCUACUAACUUCUAUAGGAAGAUUAAUGGAGAGAGCUGGGUCUGGAACAUCAUACUUACGUCAUCUCUGUUUGCCUUUCCUUUCUUUCUUACAUGGAGUACAGUUAAUUCUGUUGCCUGGUAUCAUGGCUCCACUCAAGCUCUUCCAUUCACUACAAUAGUACUCAUCAUGUUCAUGUGGCUCAUUGGUAAGAGAGAGGAGAGACAUAAGAGUAUAAUAGCACCCUCUAUUCAUUUCAUUUGUAUUUAAGGAGACAAUUAUUA